AUGGCUCAGCCGCACUGGAAGAGCCACAACGUUCGGGCUAAUGGGGUGGAUGAUCUCACACUGCUCCAAGGGUCGAAAUUCAACGAGGGAGGGAUCGUAGAGAACCUCAAGAAGAGAUACGAUGCAGACAACAUCUUCACCUACAUUGGACCCGUGCUCAUUUCAGUGAAUCCCUUCAAACAGCUGCCUUACUUCACGCAGAGGGAAAUCGAGCUGUAUCAAGGUGCUGCUAGCUUUGAGAACCCGCCUCAUGUCUAUGCACUGGCAGAUACAAUGUACAGAAAUCUCACAAUUGAUAACGAAAGUCAAAGUGUUAUCAUCUCGGGCGAGUCCGGAGCUGGCAAAACAGUUGCUGCCAAGUUCGUGAUGAAUUAUAUUUCUAACGUUUCUGGAGGAGGAACAAAUAUUCAAAAAGUGAAAGAAGUGAUUAUUAAGUCGAACCCGCUUUUGGAAGCGUUUGGCAACGCAAAGACGCUUCGAAACAACAAUUCUUCUCGUUUCGGAAAAUAUUUUCAAAUCUCGUUCAACGGAGGCACACCUGUCGGAGGGCGUAUUCAAGAGUUUCUCUUGGAGAAGUCGCGCGUUGUCCGGCCAGGGCCUGGCGAGCGCAAUUUUCACAUUUUCUACCAGUUAAUCAAGGGCGAGACCAGUCCCGAGCAGCGUCAAUCACUCGGAUUGAGCAACUUUCAAGCAGAGGACUUCGAGUAUCUUGCCUGCAGCGGCGAGUACGAUGCGGAUGAAAUGAAUGAUCAACAAGAGUACAGAGAAACGCUAGAAGCAAUGCGUACGAUUGGCAUGAAAGAAGAUGAAAUAGAGGAAGUACUUGCAGUUGUUUCCGCCAUUCUUCACAUGGGCAACAUUAAUUUCGACGAAAAUGACCGCGAAGUCGCGCAUGUCAGAGAUACACGUCAUUUAGAAUUUCCUGCGUAUCUUCUUGGCUUCCAAGCAUCAGAUCUUGAACAGAAGCUGUUGACGCAUAGAAUGGAGUCAAAAUGGGGCAAGCAAAGCGAAAUCAUUCAUCAAGAACAUUCUCGUGUGAAAGCAUACGCUACUCGCGACUCUCUAGUCAAGGCAAUCUACGAGAAACUGUUCAUUUAUCUGAUCAGGAAAGUGAACGAAGCGAUUCCCAACUCUACGCAAUUGAAUUUGGGGGUUCUCGAUAUCUAUGGUUUCGAGAUCUUCCCCAAAAACGGCUUCGAGCAGUUUUGUAUCAACUACGUGAACGAAAAGCUACAACAGGCUUUCAUAGAAUUGACGCUAAAGGCGGAGCAAGAAGAGUAUAACAUGGAAGGGAUUCAAUGGACGCCUAUCAAGUUCUUCAACAACAUCGACGUUUGCAAUUUGAUUGAAGCAAAGAAUCCACCUGGCAUCAUCUCAAUUUGCGACGAUGUAACGAAGCAGGUCGGAAACAAAGAGAGCGGCGUCGCCGAAACCUUGGUUGGGAAGCUGCGCGGAGGUGUGACCCAACACCGGCAUUACAUCGAGCAGGGAGCUGCGCGCUUUAAAAUCUCCCAUUAUGCUGGCGAAGUGGCCUACGAUGCGGACGGCUUCGUGGAAAAAAAUCGCGAUACUGUAUUUAUUGAUUUGCUGGAAAUGUGCAAGAGUAGUACCAAUGGAUUCAUCCAGGAGCUUUUCAGCGGACUUGAUCUCAAAAAGAAGCAGCCAACUGCAGGUUCGAAGAUUCGUUCACAAGCGAAUAAACUCAUCGACGAGUUGAUGAAGACACAGCCACAUUAUAUCCGCACUAUCAAGCCCAACGAGACGAAAAGGCCGCACGACUGGAACGAGAAAAAAGUCUCCCAUCAAGUGAAAUAUCUUGGAUUGAUGGAGAACGUACGAGUGCGGCGAGCUGGUUUCGCCUAUCGCAGAGUCUUUAAUAAGUUCCUGCAGCGAUACUCGAUUCUAACGGUUGAGACUUUCCGGGAGUGGCGAUACGGCACUGGACGUGACGAUCCAAGAAGAGCCAUUCAGUACAUUAUGCAAUCGGUCAACAUGGACCCACAAGAGUGGCAAUGUGGCCAGACGAAAGUAUUCAUCAAGUCGCCAGAGUCCCUUUUCCUCCUUGAAGAAAUCAGAGAGAGGAAGUAUAAUGUGCACGCGCGGCGGAAACAGAGAAAUCGAAAUUCUAUCUCGCGCCAAUUUAUCGGGGAUUACCUUGGCUUGGACCAUGACGAUCAAGCUGAUAUUUCUAAGCUCUAUGGACGAAAAGAACGCGUUCUUUUUGCCUCUCAAGCGAUGAAAUACAACAGGAAAUUCCAGUCAGCAACAAGGGAUCUAGUAGUAACAGAAAAAUACAUGUAUAUCAUCUCGAGAAGACGUGUUGAUGAUGGCAAAAACCCUAACGUUCCACCGAUUUUGGAGCCUUAUGUUGAAGACCAGAUAGACAUGAUCACUGAUCUGCAAGGGGCGACUCUCAGUCCGUUCCAAGACGGAUUUAUUUUGAUCAGGAUUGCGUCAAGGGACAAGCCGAUUAUGCUUGAUGUGACGCUCAAAACAGAAAUGUGCUGGGCGAUCAACAAAACGUUACGGAAUAAAGCGAAUAAAAAUCUCCACAUAAACUUCGAAGACAAGUGGAUCGUCAAAGUGGAGCCAAAGGGCUAUUUGCAAACGAAGGGGUGGAAAAAGGUAGCCGAUCGCCAAGUGUUCUUCAACCAGGAGCACUGUCCAAAGGUGGUCCACGUCCACAAAGAGCCGAAAAAGUACACGAUGCGCGUUUCAGUUCGUCAGGGAGAAUCUCCUAAUAGCAUGCCACAAACGAAAGGAGCUACAAUUGGAGGUCACCACCAUCAACAGAGACCAAAUUACGGCGGUUCCUCUGGAAUCCACGUCCAACCGCACUCGCAACGCAAUCAAUCUUACGCCCAGCAAACAAUCCCAUUAUCAGUUCAACAGCCCCGUGCCCAGCAAUGGAACAACCCAGGUAGAAUUCCUCAAGUACCACCUCAUGGUGUCAACGCAAAUCAACGCCCUCAGCAGAAUCAAUUCAACGCUCAAAAAUCCUCACAGCCAAACUCGACUAAUUUCAAAUCUAAUCAGAAUCAUCAAGCUAAUUUCCGUCUUCCAGCGUUUCCUCAUGAGCAAGGAACUGGUGCUCGCCGACUUUCUGCAAGGGACAAUAAUGCUCCACGCCCGAUGAGAGACGCGACGAUCAAAGAACGGCAUAACCAGCACAAUCAUAUGCAUCAGCUUAACGAGGCGAUGGCGUUCCUUCAACAGCUAGGGAAUCAGACUCCAAAUCUUCCCGACCAAGUAAAUGCCUUACAAAUCGAGCCAAAGAGGGCUCCUCCAGCACGGCCGAAGCCUAGAGUUGCUGCGAAGCCAAAGACUUACCCGAAAGCAAGAGUAAUCUACGACUACAAUGCACAAGACAUCGAUGAACUGACUCUUCGGGAACAAGAUGUUGUCGACGUUAUAAGCGAAGACCCUUCCGGUUGGUGGCGGGUCAGUUUCCAGGGGAAGUCCGGUCUCUUCCCUGGAAGCUACGUGGAGAAGAUUUAA